GAGGAUGGCGUCCACAUAGAAUGAUGUUAGGAGAAAUAAUGUAAUAUACGGGGUGUGUAUUGGUAACGCGCUGGUACAUCAUCUCUGGCUGGGCAGCUGCAGGGGACGGGCAGCAGUGUAAGCGGCGCUGCACACGGUGACUGAGCUACGGCCGCCGCCAGCAAUCCAGCAGGAGGAUGCUCCGGGAAGAGGAAGCGACGUGCUCUGUGAUGUAACGCGACUCCCAGCAGCGGGAUCCCGGCCGCAGCACUGUGCCUGUGAUACAGAAUAAUAAUAAUAGCUGCUGCUGCUCCUGCUCAGUGUGUGACUCACCCCCGGCUGCCGCUCAUUGGCCGCAGCGAGCAGAGGGGCCAGGACGUCCCGCCCCGGCUUCGGCGCCCGCCCCCCAGACGGUGCUUGGAGCAGUGACUGAGCCGACUUUAGGAGGUAUCACUGUGAGGCUCUUUUAAAGAUGGCACUACGUAUGCGUGCAAUUCUCCCAUACGCCUUGCCUGGAGUGCUGGCACUUGUUGGUUGUUGGUGGUUCUAUUCCCGAAAGAAAGAGGAGUAUAAUAAGAAACGCAAACGUUUAAUUUCUGCUGCAGAAUUGCAGACAGAUGAUGCCUUAAAAGAACUAGUUCCAAAAAAUGUUUUACAGACCUGUUCAAGGGUACAGCCUGUGCAGCUAAAUGGAGAGGCAUUUGCUUCACAGGACAGCUUAGAAUGUGCUGUUCCCUCAGCAGCACAGGUAACUGCUUCAUCAGAAAACCAGACUGACUGCAAGGCUGAGGAUAGCCUGUUAAAUGAGUACCCCACACAAAGUGUGCUGCUCUACACCUUACAAGGAUCCUGUCUUCAGGCAAUAUCUGAAGAAAUAAGUUUCAUAGUGCAGGCAGGAGAUGGAGAUGUUGGUACACCUACAACUGUACAUAAUGCCAAUGAGGAGACCAACACAAUUAUAGUAUGUUCAGGAGAUGUAGCUGAAGUAUGCACCACAUCACUUUGGGACCAUGUUCAGGGAAUGGAGCCAAAUGAUAAAUCGGAAGAAGCUUUUAUUGGUUCCUGUGAAGAAAAUUUGCUCACGCACAAUGAGUCUAAUUUAUGUUCAACAGAAAUCCAUAAGUCGUCUUUUAAUUUGGUUGAGUCCAUUAUGCCACUGAAAAAUACAUCUGAAGAACUGCAUGUUCAGUCUUUCGAUGAGUCAAGUGUAGAGGCAUGUGUUGAUGAAAUAGAAACUGUGGUUAAAAUGUCCCUUCUAGUGCAGUGCCCUCCAUCAGUAGUUAAUGAGACUGGAGAAACAGAACACGCUUGCUCCCAGUCUCCAGAAUGUAAUCAGGCAGAGCAAGUAGCUGGGAGUGAACCACCUAAGCUAAAUAUACUUGCAUUUAUGAAAGCAAGUUCUGAACAUAGGAAUGCUGACAUCUGUGAAAGUAUAGGUAACUUUUUACCAGCAACAGAUGAGCUGAUUAAUAGCUCUAUAAAAUCUUCCUCCAUAAAAGUGAUUACAGAAGGUAACUGUCCUGACCUAUUGGAGACCAUUUCUCUGAGCUUGGGGAAAAAUGAAGAAUCUGACACUACAAGUUCAUUAAUGGACUGUUUGGAAGACUGGAAUGGCAAAGCAUUUUGUGAAAACUGUGAUCCCAAAACAAACAGUUGUGUAAAACCAUCCUCAGGGGAAAUAGUCAGAGAGGGUAAAUGUACAGAUAUACUGGAUGCCUUUUCCCAAUGCUUGGGGAAAAAAGAUCAGUUUGAGACUACAGGCUCAACAGUAGCCUGUUUGGGAGAAGAGAAUCCCAAUACGUUUUUUGGAAACUAUGAGGCCAAAAUUGUUGAGCAGCUGGCUAUGAACAUCAUUUCAAAAGUCAUUGUAGCUGCUAAACAAGAAAUCCUGUCUGGCUCAAGAAGUGAUGUAUCUGGUACUUGCCAGGUAUUUGAUGAGAAGAAAGGAAAGGAUUACCAAAGUCGUCACUCGUCACGGGAUGAAAAUGAAGCGCAAUCUAGUGGAAUUUUUGAAGAACUUAACUCUGCAUGUGAGUAUACACAAACAGAACAGUCCCAAGUGAAAGACUUUAGAAAUACGGUAGUGACGGAUGAUUCUUGCUUGGAGCUUCAAAGGGAGAGCAUGCAAACUAUACCAAAUGUUGCACACACCACACAAUCACUGUCAAACUUUAGUCCAGUACAUCAAAGUGUUGACUUUCUUGAUGAAUCUCAAGCAGCUAUGGAGGAUUCAAGUACUAGUGUAUGUACAUCAGAAGAAGGAAUCAGCAUGGAGGAGCCAUUGCAAAGCACCGUAAUGUCAAAUGUUGGCAUUGGCUCUUAUGACUCAUUAAGUUCAUCGGCCAUUGAAUUAUCAACGGAAAAUUUUAAUGUGUUCAGCGAGAGACAAAAAAAUGUUGGAGCAGUAGAAAACAAGACUGUAUCAUAUAGUAACGGUGAUGUAAAGAAAUGUCCUGCUGAUAUGAAAAAUGAAGGCCCGUGGACUGGCGAUACAGAAGUUGAUCACUCAGGAGGUUCAGAUGUAAAUAGUAUGGACUCUGUGGAUAGUGGUUAUGCUCUGGGAAAGUCUGAGGAGGAUAAGACUGCAAACCAGAAGAAUGGAGCAAGAACACUACUAAGCAACGUCUGGGAAUUUGAAGUGCCAAAGCAUUUGGUUGGCCGACUAAUUGGGAAACAAGGCAGAUUCGUAAGCUUUCUGAAAGAGUCUUCUGGUGCCAGGAUAUACAUUUGUACCGUGCCUUUCACACAGGAUUACCAAAUGUGUCAUUUAGAAGGUACUCAGCAGCAGAUCGACAGAGCACUAUUUCUGAUUAGGAAGAAGUUCAAAGAAUUGAACCUCAGAAACCUCUUUGCACUUCCCCCUUCUUCUAUGGCAUUACACUCUCUUCCUAUGACAUCGUGGCUUAUGCUGCCAGAUGGGGUCACAGUUGAAGUGAUUGUGGUGAAUGUAGUAAACGCAGGACAUAUGUUCGUACAACAGCAUACACACCCUACCUUUCAUGCACUCCGAGACUUGGAUCAGCACAUGUUUCUCUGUUAUUCACAGUCUGGAAUUCCAACAUUACCCACUCCAGUAGAAGUUGGUGUGAUCUGUGCAGCGCCGAUGGGAGAUGAUGCGUGGUGGAGGGCACAGGUGGUGGCUUACUACAGUGACUCAGAGGAAGUAGAGAUACGCUAUGUUGACUAUGGUGGCUAUGAGAGAGUCAAGGUUGAGAUACUCAGGCAGAUCAGGUCAGAUUUUGUUUCAUUGCCUUUCCAGGGUGCAGAAGUUCUUUUGGAUAAUGUGAUUCCAGUCACAGAUGAAGAUCACUUCUCCACAGAGGCAGAUGUCGCUGCAAAUGAGAUGACAAAAGGCACAGCUUUGCUUGCACAGGUUACAAAUUAUGAUGGUGCAACAGGACUUCCACUUGUGCAGUUAUGGAGUAUGGUGGCUGAUGAGGUGGUGUCCAUAAACCGGACUCUUGUGGAAAGAGGCUUCGCGCAGUGGAUAGAUGGAUUUUAACUAUCGUAAUGCCAUUUUUUAAAACAUGAACUUUUGUACUUUGUCAGACUUGUCACAUGCCGGCACUUAAUUUUCCACCUUAUUUGUCUAUAAAAUCUAAUAAACUUGAGACAAUUUAAAUUACUGCCUAGAAAGCCAUAUGUGUGUAGCCAUAAGACUUGCUGCUAUUUUUCCAUGGUACGGUCUUUGGUAACAUUAUAUUCCACAAGAAACUGCAGUAUUGUAAAUUGGGUACCAGACGACCUCAUUAGAAUCUUAUGCUUCAGAUUCCUAGAGGAGUCAUGAAUUAAACUGAACAUGUUAAAAAUGUAUUAUCGCCCUGCGUGUACAUUUUGUGGAGCAUCCUGUUGCCAAGCCUGAUGUGUAAUUUAUUUUGUAGCUGUGCAAAUCUUUGUAAAUAUAUAUAUAAAGAGAUCACUAAUAUUUUGUAUCUGAACACUGGAAGAAAUAAAGGGAACUUUGCAAUUUCCACACUAUUGGUCAAGUUUGCUAAAACCUGUAUAGUACAGAAACAAAUUAUGCUUUUGCAAUAAUGGAUAUUCUGUGCACAAAUGUGUGAUGUUUAGUUUUGCCUUAUGGUCUAGUGAUCGUAUGAUCUAUUAAUGACAUGCUAUUCUGCUGUACAGUUGUAAAAAGCUAUGCAUUGGUGUUAUUUUUUUUUUUUAUUUCAUGAUAUAUGGAUUUUUAAAACUGUCAAAGUAAUAUAAAUCCACUGGAAAGGUAUUGUAAAAUGCUUUUUUUCCUGAAACUGUUGUGAGUGGGAUUAAUUUAAAGGAAAAAAAUAUAAAAUAAAGCACUGAAUGGGAAGCAUUAAA